AAAACGGAUCCUCUUCCGGAGCGCUCCGCCCCAUUUCCUGUGAGCACGCUGGGCACGUGUGGGCUUCCUCGCGUCUACUUUUCUUCUUACUUUUGUCAUCACUCCUAAAAGUUGCACUUUUAAUACGUUCAAGUGGGGCCGCGACGUCGCCGACGCGGCAAGGCGACCCGUCAAAGUUGCUUCAUGACUUUUCGAUCUGCGUUAGCCAGCUAAGCUAACAAGCCCGCAAGCCGCUCGACGUCUGUCCGCUGCCUUCCCGCGGCCGAUGAGUUUCGUGGAGUACUCGGACGAGAUCGCCGACGGCGACGUGGCCGUGGUGUACCUGGGCCGCGAUUCCACGACGGCGGUGAAGGUGCGGCACGGCGGCCGGACGCAGACGCGCUACGGCGCCGUGCGCCACUCGGCCGACCUGAUCGGCCGGCGCUACGGCGCCAAGGUGACGUGCGACCGAGGGGGCUGGGUGCACGUGCUGCACCCCACGCCGGAGCUGUGGACCGUCACGCUGCCGCACCGCACGCAGAUCCUCUACGCCGCCGACAUCGCCGUCAUCACGCUCAUGCUGGAGCUCAAACCGGGAUCCGUCGUCUGCGAGUCAGGCACGGGCAGCGGCUCGCUGUCGCACGCCAUCUUGCGCAGCAUCGCGCCCACGGGCCACCUGCACACGGUGGAGUUCCACCGCCAGCGCGCCCAAAUGGCCGAGGAGGAGUUCGCCGAGCACCGCGUGGCCCACCUGGUGACGGUCAGGACGCGGGACGUGUGCAAGGACGGCUUCGGGGUGACGGGGGCCGCCGACGCCGUCUUCCUGGACAUCCCCGAGCCCUGGGAGGCGGUGCCGCACGCCGAGGCCGCCUUCAAAGCGCGCGGAGGUCGGCUGUGUUCGUUCUCUCCGUGCGUGGAGCAAGUUCAGCGGACGUGCCAGGCGCUGUCGGAUCACAACUUUGAGGAGAUCGCCACCUUGGAGGUCGUGCUGAGGGUCCACGAGGUCCGGACCGUCUCGCUGCCGCCGCCCGAUUUCGGGCCCCCCGCCGCGGAGGCUCCUCCCCUUCCCGCCGUCGCCUUGAAGACGACCGCGCCGCCCCGACAGAUGGCCGCCCACACCGGAUACCUGACCUUUGCCACCAAACCCAGAACGUAGACCAGUCCGAUGGUAAAACGAUGACUUUUCGUUUUAUUUCAUUUUUAUUCGCUGUUGUUGCGUUAAGCUAACGCGGUUGAUCACAACUUUUUGAUUUGUAUGCGUAUGAUGAAGUUAAAUGAAGCAAUAAGCGCACAAAACCA